AUGAGGAAAUGCAAACGCACAGCCGCUGCAUGUGUGGAUAGACACCCCAAAGUUCGCCAAAAAGACUCAAUCAGCUCUCUACCGGAUGAGAUUCUCCAACAUAUCUUCUGCUUUAUCCCCACCAAAUUAGCAGUCACAACUUCCCUCUUGUCCAGCCGAUGGAGACAUGUAUGGUGCCGUACACCUUCGAUCUCGUUGGAGAGCUCUGCAUUGCGGGCUGCUUCGAGAAUUCAAACACAGUAUCGCUACACUGCUCCGAAGAUGAUGAGUUUACACCUCCUAACCGGCUCGAAGGAUAAUGUUAAACACGUCAACAGGUGGAUCGAGUUGGCCAUGUCCCGCCGUGUGGAGAAGAUGGACCUGGAACUUCAUUUUAAAAGCGAUUACUAUGAAUUUCCUCACUUCUUCUAA